AGGUACAAAAAAUGGCCGCCAUGUUUCCCGUCGCGAACACUUAAGGUUGACACAAGAUGAGUCUGAAAAACUUCAACUCGACUUUUGAAGUGGGGUGGAAUGACUCAGAAGUAUGGGGUGUACCGCAGUUGGAUUUAGAUGUGUUCUACAGACCAGAUGUGGUGAUUAUAGUGUUGUACGUAGUUGUGUUAACUGCUUCACUGUCUGCGAACACGUUACUCAUCUUCAUUGUGAUCAAGUUCCAGUAUAUGAGAAGUGUGACGAACAUAUUUCUAGUGAAUCUGUCGGUGGCAGACCUGCUAGUGACGCUGUUCUGCAUGCCGGUGCAGAUUGCCAAGUCUGUCACAUUGCUCUGGUACUUCGGGGAGGUUAUGUGCAAGACUGUCAACUUUUUGCAAGGAGUAGCAGUAGCUUCAAGCGUGUUCACCAUCACAGCGAUGUCAGUGGACCGGUACCUGGCCAUCACACAGUCUCUCCGACAACCCUGGAUGCCAUCGAGACGAGGAGCCUGUAGUCUUCUAGCAGGACUCUGGCUGGUGGCCUUGGCCAUCUUCGCUCCACUUCUAGCUGUAGCUACAGUUGAAAGGGAGUACGUUCCUUCACUUUCAAGGACGCGGAAUGGAUCGGUUUGGGUCGAGCGGAGCAUCGAGUUCUGCACAGAGAAAUGGCCCGACUCAAUAAAAAAAGAAUUGUUUGGUGCAUUCAGUUUCGUUCUCGUGUAUGCAGUUCCCGGUUGCAUAGUUGUGGUGUCAUAUUCUCUGAUGGGGCGACGGCUUUGCUCCGUGCUACCACCAUUUGACCAGACGGAGGGCAGCGCUAAUAGCCAACAGCGUCUACGGAUUGUGAGGGAGAGAAAGAGAGUGGCCUGGAUCUUGUUACUCCUGGCAGUACUGUUCGCUCUGUGCUGGUUGCCCUACAACAUUCUGCAGCUGCUGAUUGACGUGAACGCUGUCAACGUGGAGUCCGUGUCUGCAAUGCUGCCCUACACCUUGUUAUUAGGUCACACGAACUCAGCAAUCAACCCCAUCGUGUACUGCUUGAUGACGCGCAACUUCCGCCGGUCGCUACGCAAACUCAUCUGCCACGAUCCGGGUAACAUACACUCUAGUACUCAUUUCCAUAUGCAAGGUUUACGUCAAAAAUCCAACACGUCUAGCAUGAGGACAUGCACUACAGUAACCUUCAGGAGCAGCAAUAACCAAAUAGGAAGGAUUGCAACCGGACCCCCCAGCAUCCAAUAUGGCCGGGCCAAUAGAACCGCAUCUUUCAGAGACAAUGGGUGGAAGGACCGAUACCAAAAAUCCCCACAAUUUUUGUAAUAAACGACAUGGAAUGUGAGAUUUAAUAUAAUAUAAAAACAUAGGUAGUUUUUAACAAUUAAAAUGACAUGCAUUCGGCAUAUUUGCAGUUCUAAGAGCAGUGCUCGUUUAACACUUUUAUAGAGCAGUAAGGUUUCACCAAUAUUGUGAAGUAAAAAAAUGCAGAAGCUUCUAAGAAAAAUCUAUUAAACUUAGAUACAAAGCUUUCCCUUACAAUUUUCUGAGACUAUUUCCUUACACAUUCUCUUAGCGCCAUCUAGAUUCUGACUUUUGAAGUAUGCUUUCAGAUACUUAGUCACUAUGUUUGCCACUAGAUGGCACUAUACAUAGGAUUAUUUUCAGGCUGUAAACCUACGCUGUCUGCUUAAAAUGUAAUUUUGUCGCUAGAUGGCACUAAAUUCAUGUAAACAGCUUUAAAUACAGGGAACGCGCAAAAUUAAUUGAGAGUCUACUAGUCUAGUUAAUUGUAAUUUAAUCUAAAGCUAAGAAAUAUUUUGCUUUGUGUUUUCUUCUAAAAGUAAGUCGUAAAUAUAUUUUAACUUUAAGGACACGAUCUCGGAAUGUGAGAAAGUAUUUGUGUGAGGAUUUUGUUUGUAACAAAAAGCUACCUCAAAGAAUUAUUUAUGUCACCAACUGUAGUUUUGAAAACAACGCCAUCUUUUAUUUAUAAAAUCUAUUAAUGGCGAAGUGGUAGUGAUUGAUGUGAAUCUAAAAUAUAAAGUCAGUUGUUUUUGUUUUAUAUAAAAAUGAGGUUUAACC